AUGAUGGCUACAAUCUUGGAUAUGGUCGAUAAGCCACUCGCCAUCAAGGUUAUGCCUCAAAUCCUUCUACAAGCUUUCGGCAUGGACUAUGGAUUUGAUGACCAGCGACAUUACACCAGAGAUCGGGUUGUUCUUGUUCGGCAUGUGUCCCUAGUCCGACACCUGGUUGGUACGCAAAAUCGAGCGGUCGUGGAGGUACCGGGACAAGGUCCAAACACUCACCUUUUUGAUGUUACACACGGAGAGUUUGAAGAGGGAGAUUGUGUCAUCAUUUUCCUCCCUCGGGCGUUCCUCCCUAGAGACUCUCAUCCUAUAUUUCAAGCGAUGGGUUCAAACUUCACCGUGAAAGGCGAAGUCGGUGUCCAAGUGAAACAUAUCAGCAGCAACGGGCUAUAUAGUCACGGAGUUGUCAAGUCCAUCAGGGAUUUCCCCGAAGUCGAGACAAUACUUGACGGGCUUGCCGACUUUUACGGAUGCGAAAUGCAAGCAGUUUCAGACCUCAAUGCUCUUUUUGAUCUGGAAAAGGUGCUUGGGGUAAAGAGAUGGGAAAUCAAAACAUCGCCACAAUCCAUUGGGCCUGCGCCUGGAUUUUACAAAAGGUCGACAAUUUCGAGGCUGAAAGAUUGCCCCAACCUUUUUACGAAGCCGAAAUACAAGCGAUUUACCUACCAGGAGUCGGUGAAAAUGGACGGGUCCACGAUGGCUGUCUACUUCAUUCCAAAACACUCUCCGUUCUUUGUGACGCUGCAUCCCCUUCCUCAGCCACACGGUCCUCAUAUGAUGCUAUCCAACGGCAGGUUUGGCGUCUGUUCUGCCAACAACGACCUUCCGGAACGCGAAGACUGUCCGUACUGGAAGGUUGCCCUGCGAGAAAAGCUGCCGCAAAUCAUGAAUGAUCAAAACCUGGACAUGGUCCUCCAGGGCGAGCUCGUCGGUGACAAAAUCAACCAAAACCGUCACAAUUAUGGACCGGGCCAACACGACUUCUUUGCAUUUGACAUUUACGACCAUCUCGACGAGGGUGACUGGCUUCCAGCCAAUCAGGUGGUGGCGUGGUGCAACAAGUUCGGCGUGAAACAUGUCCCAGUCAAGAAGACUCUUCAUAUCACCGACAUUGCCAAAUGCCACGAGGAAAUACAACAACAUGCGGACAAGGAAGUGCAUCCAGAUGGGAGCCAUGCGGAGGGGUUGGUGUUCAAGUGCCUGCAGGAGUCGGGAAGAAGAUUCAAAGUUCACAAUCGUCACUAUUUGAAGCAGCAUGGUUUGAAGUGA